ACCCAAUUACUCAUUGUUUAUGGGUCGUUUAUGGUUUGGAAGAUGGUAUAAUAUUUUUAUUUAAUAAUGAAAAUAUAAUAUUAUCGGCAUGAAAAGGACAUGAUAUUUUAAUUUAAUGGGUAAUUCGCACAACAAGAGCAACAAUUACAGAAAUUUCAAGCAAUCCACAACUUCGGAGCGUGAUAGACAAUCCUACAAUAGCCAGUUCAGUUUGUCCCAUUUCGUCGGUAACCUCAGCGGACGCUCCUUCCAGAGCGUUACCAGUAACCAGUCUGUUUAUAGCGCAUCGCGUCCUUGGUCUCGGGUCUCCAGAAGAGGGUGGAAUGAGGCAACACUGAGGAAUCCACUUGAAGCAAGUAAAACAGCUUGGCCAGUUGCUCAUAAAGAAUCCAUCUUCCUGCCUGAGUUUCCCAUCACCACUGAUUUACUGCAACAAGACUUUCAUAUUGAGGAAACUAUAGCCAAAGGUGCUUUUGGUCAAGUCUACAAGGUGAAGAAAGUGAGUGAAGAUAAAGAAUACGCUCUGAAAGUGCUCAGCAAGGCACAGAUCGUAAAUCAAAACGCCAUACGCCAAGUGAAAGAAGAGGCCCGAAUCCAGACAGCGUGUGGUCACCAUUCCUUUAUAGCAGGGGCUGUGUCGCGGUGGCAGACAAAGAAAAGACUUUAUAUUGUUUCAGAAUACAUUCCUGGCGGUGAACUAUUAAGUCUACUAGAUAAAUACGGAAAGUUACCAGAGGAGCUUGUGAAGAUAUUCGUCGCCGAGAUCGCUAUUGCUUUAGAUUUCCUCCACAACGCCGGAGUUAUAUAUCGUGAUUUGAAGCCGGAGAAUAUCCUGCUCGACUCCGACUAUCACAUUCAGUUGGUUGACUUCGGACUCUCCAAGUGGUUGUCCAUAGGCUCGCGGACAUCUACACUCUGCGGUACUCUAAAGUAUAUGGCUCCAGAAGUGCUGAGCCGGGAGCCAUAUGGGCAUGCUGUAGAUUGGUGGUCCUUGGGAGUUAUUGUAUGCCGCAUGCUGACAAAUGAGUACCCAACGCCUGCAGUAGUGCGAAGAGCAACGGAAUUUGAUGCAGAAAAUGAACCGAAGGAGAACAAUCCUGAAGAAUCCUUAAUAAUUACAAAAAAUAAUUUGGAGAAACAGUCUCCACAAUGUCGACCUCCAGGUACGCUCCCAGAGAGUGCAGCGAUUUUGACGAAUGCAUCUCGCGGAUUACUUCUACGUUUAUUAGAAACCGAUCCUCGGGUCCGUAUGAGAAAUCUACGACAACUACAACAAAGCGCGUUUUACAUGGGAUUCAAUUUUGAACAUGUAAAAGCUAGAAAGGUGCCACCUAAAAGUAUUUUCAAGCGUCAUUUACUCGACGAACUUCCUGAAACAUCAGGAGAGAAUGUUAAAGAAAUGUUUGCAUCAUUUGAUCAAGUGAAAAUUGUAUAGUAUGUACAAACUAUAGCUUAGACAUAAUAUUAUGUGUAACUAUUCCAUUUAUGACAUAAUGACAGAGUUUUUUGUAAUACCAUUUGUCAAACAAAAAUGUCUAUAUAGAGCAAUGCGUUCCGAAACCAAAGGGUCACGCCAAAGACGUCGAUCGAUCGAUUCGUCGUCGUCAAAAGUCGUAGAAGUUGUUUCUUAUACUAUGGUAUAACUACACUCUUAAAAAUAAAAAUCAUGUAGUAUAAUAUGUAUAGUAAAUAUGAUAUAGGUGCCAUUUUAUCUACUUAACGAAUAUUUAGUAUCAAAGUAAGUUAAAGUUAUAUUCUAACUAUUAAAGUCAUGUAGACAAGUAGGUAUGUAAAUCUAAUAAAACAAAAAAGCAACAUGUGAUUUAUUUUGAGACAUUCCAAAUAUUGAAAUUAUUUUUAAAAGUAAUUUGUUACAUAAAUAAAGAGUCUACAGUUACCAAAUUAGGCGGCAUGCAAUGGACGCACGCACUGCAUUAAAUGCAUCUUGCAUAGAAAACGGUAUUAAAAUGAAUUUCACUAAAGCUAAAAGCACAAACUAUGUAAAUUAAAAAUAGGUAAAAUAGGUAAAGGCAGUAUAAAGAAUACUCGUACAUACUUGUAAUUAAUUGAAUCUCAAAUCAAUUUUUGUUUACGGCAGGAAUUU